CCGCCCAAAUACAACUUAGUGUAACAGAUUCUAAUGCACUGAGUGAUGUGAGUAAUUGUGAUAACUACGUCGUUGCAUUAAUGUUAGUAAAACUACUUUAUAUAUAUUAUUAAUUAAUAAAAGAUUUAAUUAAUGAUCGGUAGAAGAACGAAGAACGAAAGAACUAUUUGAAGAAGAAUCUCAGUCUAAAAUUUAUAAAAUGUCCAUUUUAGACGAGCGAGAGGAUUAUCUGAAGAAUCCAUACUUUGUGAAGCACGAGUAUGGUGAUUUUACUCCAUUUUAUGUCACUGUCACUAUCUGUUCCUUCAUAUUUGCAUUCUUAUGCAUUUUGAACAUUGGAUUUUGUUGGUGCUCCCGUCAUAGAAAUUAUUGGCAAAGUCCUCAUACAGGAAAUAGGUGGAUUCAACCAUUGUGGACUGUAUUACCUUAUAAAACACCACCUUUGGACUUAAGUGAGAUAGAACCAGGACGUCUUGUGACACAAGAUAAACAAGAAGUUUUACAAUAUCACAAUCCAAAACCAUAUGGAACCGCACCACAAACACAAGAAUAUAUGGAGAUGCAAAAACGUGAGAGUGAAAUUUAAUUAGGCAUUAGUCUUGAUAUUAUGUGUAUACAAAAGUUUACAAGCUCUCAAGAGUAUUAGUAUUAAAUUAAGAACAUCACAAUUGUUUUACAAUCAUAUAAACUGAUCUACUGUAAUAGCCAAAGUUGGAAAGUAGCAAGUGUACAAAGGUAAAACACAAGGUACACAAGGUAAAA